AUGACUUUCAUUCUUUUCUUCUUUUUCUUUCUUUGUUCACAUAAUUUAAUUCUUUCUUUUCUUAUUCUUCUUUUUUAUCCUCACUUCUACAAGUUUAUUCUUUCAACUCAUUCUUUUUUACGACCUUUCAUCAUAUUUUCAUUCGUCACUUCCUUUUUUCUUUCUUUUCUUUCUUUUAUUUCUUUCUUCAAUCCAUCAUUCCUUCCUUCCUCCUUUCUUUCUUUCUUUCUUUCUUCUUCUGUUUUUCAUUCUUUCUUUCUUCAUUCUUUCUCCCCUUCUUUUUUUAAUGCUUACAUUCUUCAUUCUUGCGUGCCUUCCUUAUUUCUUUCUUUCUUUCUUUUUCAUUUUUUCUUCCUUUCUUUCUUUCUUGUUUUCUUCCUCUCUUUCUUGCUUCUUUCUUUCUUCCUUCUUUUCUUCCUUACUUCUUUCUUUCUUUCCUGCUUUCUUUCUUCAUUAUUUCCUUUCUUCCUUGUUUGUUUUUUCUAUCUAGCUUUUUUCUUUAUUCCUUUUUUUUUUUACGUCUUUCUUGUUUGCUUGCUAGCUUUCUUUCUUAAUAGCUUUCUUUCUUCAUUCUUUCCUUCUUUCUUUCUUCAUUCUUUCUCCCUUUCUUUCUUGCUAGCUUUCUUUCUUCAUUCCUUCUUUACUUACUUCUCUCUUUCUUUCUUUUUUCUUUCUUUCGUUCUUCUUUCUCUUUCUUUCUUCAUUCUUUCUUUACUUCUUUCUUUCUUUCUUUCUUUCUUUCCUUCUUUCUUAAUUCAUUCUUUCUUCAUUAUUUCUCUCUUUUUUUCUUGCUGCCUUUCUUGCUUUCAUUCUUUCUUUCUUCAUUUUCCUUUCUUUCUUGCUAGCUUUCUUUCUUCAUUCUUUCUUUCCUUCUUUCUUUCUUUCUUUCUUUCUUCAUUCUUUCUGCCUUUCUUGCUUGCCAGCUUUCUUUCUUCAUUCCUUCUUUACUUCUUUCUUUCUUUCUUCCUUCUGUCUUUUAUUCUUACUUUAUUCAUUCUUUCUCCCCUUCUUUCUUGCUGGCUUUCUUUCUUUAUUCCUUCUUUACUUCUUUCUUUCUUUCUUCCGUCUGUCAUUCUUUCUCCCUUUCUUUCUUGCUUGCUUUCUUACUUCAUUCAUUCCUUCCUUACUUUUUUCGUUCUUUCUUGCUUUCAUUCUUUCUUUUUUCAUUUUUUCUUUCUUUCUUUCUUGCUUAAGUUCUUUCUUGCAUGUUUUCUUUUUUUUCUUUCCUCAUUUCAUCUUAUUUGUUUUUUUUUUCUUUUCGUUCUUUCUUUCUGUCCGCCACUCUAA